UCAACAUGGCGGACGCCGGUGUGAAAGCAGACAUCCGAUCAUCAAUGUGGAAUCCCGGCGGUUUACAAAGCUUAUUGACAUUUGUUAUUUUGACUUUAGCUUGGAUUGUGGGUUUUAGCUCACGUUUAUUUGCUGUCAUUCGUUUCGAAAGUAUAAUUCAUGAGUUUGAUCCGUGGUUUAACUACAGGUCAACACAUUAUAUGGUAGAAAAUGGAUUUUAUAAUUUUCUAAAUUGGUUUGAUGACAGAGCAUGGUAUCCUCUAGGGAGGAUUGUAGGGGGUACUGUUUACCCUGGAUUGAUGGUGACAUCAGGUACUAUACACUGGAUCUUAAGUCACCUCAAUAUACCAGUUCACAUUAGAGAUAUAUGUGUAUUUUUAGCACCAAUAUUCAGUGGUUUAACAGCACUGGCAACUUACUUUUUCACCAAAGAAGUCUGGAGUCAAGGAGCAGGGCUGUUUGCUGCAUGCUUUAUAGCUAUAGUGCCAGGCUAUAUCAGUCGUUCCGUAGCAGGAAGUUAUGACAAUGAAGGAAUAGCUAUAUUUGCCUUAAUGUUUACAUAUUAUUUAUGGAUUAAAGCAGUAAAAACAGGAUCUGUGUUCUGGGCAGUUUUAACAGCUUUAUCUUAUUUUUAUAUGGUCUCAGCAUGGGGAGGCUAUGUGUUCAUUAUAAAUCUCAUACCACUUCAUGUGUUUGUGUUACUACUCAUGGGUAGAUAUUCUAAAAGAAUCUUUAUAGCAUAUACAUCAUUUUUCAUCGUAGGAUUAAUAUGUUCAAUGCAGAUACCAUUUGUAGGAUUCCAGCCAAUUAAAACAAGUGAACAUAUGGCAUCAGCAGGUGUGUUUGCCUUGCUGAUAGCCUAUUCCACAUUGAAGUAUACACAAUCAUUUUUAAGUAAAGCAGAAUUUAAAUAUUUUUUCUUAGUGGCAGCAGCAAGUGCUGCAGGCUUUAUAUUCUGUUCUGUAGUAGGAUUAACAUGGGCAGGUUACAUUCAUCCAUGGAGUGGAAGGUUUUAUUCCCUGUGGGACACAGGAUAUGCUAAAAUACAUAUCCCAAUCAUUGCCAGUGUGUCAGAACACCAGCCUACAACAUGGGUCUCCUUCUUCUUUGAUCUUCAUAUUUUAGUGUGUGCAUUCCCUGCUGGUGUGUGGUAUUGUGUCAAGGAAGUAAAUGAUGAGCGAGUGUUUGUGAUAUUGUAUGCAAUCUUUGCCAGUUAUUUCGCUGGAGUGAUGGUGCGUUUGAUGUUGACACUGACUCCAGUUGUGUGUGUCCUAGCUGCCAUUGCAUUCUCUAAAACAUUUGAGAUUUACUUAAAGGAUGAUUCACCAAAGUCCAGUUCUAAAGAGGAUGAGGAAGAAAAGAAACAAGACAAUAAAAACGAUAGACUUUACGACAAACCUCAAGUUGCCAAACCGAAGAAAGUAAAAGAAGACCGUCCAAAAGAUCAGGAUAGUGUGGGAAUGAACAUUAAAACAAUCAUUGUUAUAGCCCUACUGAUGAUGUUAAUGUUGUUUGCUGUCCACUGUACAUGGGUCACAAGUAGUGCUUAUUCUAGUCCCAGUAUAGUACUGGCUUCCUACAAUCAUGAUGGAAGCAGAACAAUAUUGGAUGAUUUUAGAGAGGCUUAUUUCUGGUUACGUCAGAAUACUGGUGAUAAAGCUAGAGUAAUGUCAUGGUGGGAUUAUGGGUACCAGAUAGCGGGUAUGGGGAACAGGACAACACUGGUGGAUAAUAACACUUGGAACAAUAGCCAUAUAGCUCUGGUAGGUAAAGCCAUGUCGUCCAAUGAGACAGCAGCUUAUGACAUCAUGAGGAUGUUAGAUGUGGACUAUGUAUUGGUUAUAUUUGGUGGGGUCAUAGGUUACUCUGGAGAUGAUAUUAACAAGUUCUUGUGGAUGGUUAGAAUAGCAGAAGGUGAACAUCCGAAAGAUAUCAGGGAAAGUGAUUAUUUUACACCGCAAGGAGAGUUCCGUGUUGAUUCUGCUGGGUCUAAGACAUUGCUGAAUUGUUUGAUGUACAAACUGUCCUACUACAGAUUUGGAGAACUUCAGCUUGACUUCAGAAGUCCUCCUGGAUUUGAUAGGACAAGAAAUGUAGAGAUUGGCAACAAGAAUUUUGAUUUGACACAUUUAGAAGAGGCUUACACUACUGAACAUUGGUUAGUUAGGAUAUAUCGUGUCAAAGAUUUGACAAAUAGAGAUAUUGUCAAAAAUCAAGCUAUGCCAAAAGUAAAGCCAAAGAAGAGGAGCAAGAAGACUGGUAAAAAGAAGACUGGUUCCAUCAAACACAAACCUGUGGUAAAGAAGGGGAAGAAACUCAGCAAAUCAAAGAAUUAGACUUAUUUAAAUUAGGUAUGGAUGCUGUCGGGACACAUGGUUUGACUGAACUGGGUGGAUGCUUUGUACGAGUCAAUUAUGUAUAUGAUCAUUACGAGCAUUGUACAUUUCAACAACAUUGUUAGCUUUGGAGUUUCUUGUUGGAAUAUUUGGAACAUAUCAUCUGAGACAUUUGACAAGUUCCUUAAAAAUUUGUAUAAAAUAUUUGCCAGAAUGUAUCAAUAACAUGGUACAAGUGAGACAGUUGAAUGUUUAUUAUAUUGUUAUUUGGAAACUGUUGUUUUCUUGUUAAUAGAUGAAGGUCUAAAUUUUAGGAAUAUUUUAAAUUUAAAAUUAAAGUUUUUCGGUGGCUUUGAUAAGAGGAGACGAUAGGUAUAGUCACAAAAAUUAAGAACUCUAAAAAUAGCUUUUUGUCAAAAUUAAAAAAUUUGUAUCAAUGGCUUUAUGGAGAUUUAACUAUGAGAAAUACCAUAAUUGAUUUCUUAACUUGUUUUUAGGUUUAUACCUUUUUGAUGAUUUAAGAAAUAUUAAACUUUUGUUCAAUAUGAAAUAUUGAUGGUGAUAUUUGAAGGACAUAUAUAAGGAAGUACUAGAUUGAUUAAAUACAGUUCAGUUUCAAAUGGCUGCCAUUUAGAUACUGGGGGUUCAUUUAUUUUCGUGGAUAACAUUUUUCAUGGAUGGAGGAAAAAAUAGAAUUUUUGUUGAUAUUUGAUUCUUCCAAAGUCUGCAUACAAGCCUAUAGAAAAUUAAUACUUCAUUGCACAUUUGAAUUCGUGGAUUAUUGAUUCCCACCAAAUCCACAAAAAUUGGUAUCACACGAAAAAUAAUAGACGUAUUUACACUUUUGGUAUUUAGCUGAAUUUUGUCUCCAAAUGACACUAGAUCUGUCUCCGAAUCACCUUCUGACGUCAAGCAACAAUCACUUUUUAAAUUGCGAUGCAACGUUUUGCAGGAACUUGUGUGAUUUCAAGUAAUGGCGGACAAAUUUGCCUACAAGUUUAAAUAUGUGUAUUAAUCCACAGUAGCAAAGUAUUUCCUUUAAAGAAAUAUUCCUUAAAAAAUAUUAAAAGUAUAUCCUUGUAAAUCUUUCAGACAGUAAACUGAAGAAGUUUCAUAUCAUUUACUUCAAAACUGUCAUAUAUUGUUGAACUAUUGGGGAAAACUUGAGACAUUUUAAGUAUUUUGAGUUAUUAGAAUGCGUUGGUAUGAUUGUAAUGAUUUUUUUAAAUGGAUCGAUUUGAAAAGAUUUUUCUUAAAAUUUUUUGUACUCUGUUCAGACAUGAGAGAACCUAGAUACAAUGUAUAUUUUUUUUUUCAAACACAAUUAUUAGAGGUCACAUUUUAUAAUUUAACAUUCUUUAUUUGCCUUAAAAUCCUUAGUGUAGAUAUUAUACAUAAAUUUCUUUAUAUUUGGUGUGAGAAAGUUAUCUUCAUUGUAAAGUGCAGUGUAAGAAAGAGUUGGCAUGUGUGUACAGACUAAAUUGACAGUGAUUUUGAGAGCAUCUUUAUAUUUCAUUUAAUGGUAUGUGUUGUUAUUAAUUUGUUAAUUAAUUUUAUUUAAAUUUAUUUCAAUAAAUUUAAUCUGCUUUUUCUGUAUUUAUGUAUUGGUGCAAUUAUUUGAAUUAAGGAGAAUAAUUCUGCAUUAAAUGCCAUUCAUUCAUCAUUAUGAGUUAUUAGAUUAUGUGAAAAUUUUGAAUUAAAGGCUUCCUUACCUGCAAUCUUCAUUCUAAGACUUUUGUUCAUAAUUCAUCAACAUAUUAGCCCUUUCUAUUAAUUGUUAGCACAAGUGGUAAGUUACAGGAAUUGCAUAUUUUUUCACAGUUAAAAUAUCUUAAAUUAUCUUUUUUUUUCUGUUAGAUAGAAAAGUAGAAAAACACUUAAGGGCUGUUACCAAAUUUAUUGGAUGGGGGAAGGAUAGGAGGAACUCAAAUUAAUUGAAUAUGGUUGGUUGGGUUGCAUUUUCCAUAGAAUUUUGUAAGAAUUAAAGUAAAAUGAAAAUAUUUAUUUUAUGGGUGGUAGGGGUCUUUAAAAAGUGCCUCCUAGGCCCCCCUUGCGUUUAAUUCUGGAACUCUCCUAACCCAGGAUGAAAAUGUUCAUGUUGAAUGAUAUAGAACUGAUGUCAAUAUGACUGUACAGUAUAUUUUGUGUUUUUGGUCACAUUUUAUUAAAUAAUUUAUUGUGUAAACUUUUGGUUAGUAUUAGUGUAUACUUAUAAACUAUUAUUAAGCAAUUUAUAACUUUGACCAACUUUGAUUAUUAUUACACUUAUUGAAAAUUUAUCGAAAAACAUAUACAUGUAGAUAAUUGAGUUUUGAUUCGCUACUUUGUAAUUACUUACCUAUAUUGUCUUUCAAUAUUAGUAAUUGUCACAAAAGGACAGGCCGCAGAUAUGUAGGAAUCUAAAUUUGUGUAAAUAUUCUUUGUUAAAUAGUAAAGAAUUGGUCUACAAAAUCUAGGCUAAGAUAGAUUCUUACAGUCUUUGAAUAUGAACUUUCAAUUUACCAGCCAAAGUACUAAAAUUAUGUCAAUAAUAUUUUAAGAAAGUUUACUCAAGGUAUUAAAAUAAAAUGUUGAUACUUUUCUAUCAAAAUAAAAGUUUGUUGAGGUAUUACAGCAUCAUCAGAGCUUUAAUUAAACCAAUUACCAGUAAUUAUUUGCAAUAAGAAUUCACCUCGUUUCACAGAUUCUUUCAUAAAUAGUAUUUGAAAGGGAGUUCCCGUACAUACCAAAAAUUCUUGUUCAGGAUAGUGUUUUGUUGCUUUGAAGGUAGCUUCUAGCUUUAUGUUCUGUUCAUUGAUUGUGAUUAUAGGAAACAGUUUUAUCCUAAAAUCAUAAUUUAAUCAAAUCAUAUUUUUGGUUUUUUUUUAGUGGAUGAAAGAUAUUAAUUUGGCUCCUUACUGAGGCAAUUUUUUUUUUAAAUAUUGUAAUAUUUUAAAAGUUGACAUAAAAUAUAGCUCAAUAGAUGGUUAUAUUUUUAAGGAGUUAAUACAUGUAGUGCGAUUGCUGCAACAAAAGAUCUAUUUAUGCCAUUACAAACUAGUAGUAUAUGAUUGAUUCUUUUUGUAAAUAAUAUUUUUUUUCCCCAGCUUUUUAACAAUGAAAGACCUUUUUUACAAAAAUCCUACAAGAAAAUAAAAGUCACAAACAUUUCCAUAUCACAUGUUAUAAAUUUUAAUUCUAUGUUUUUUUUUUUGUGUGUGAAGAGCGUCUGAGGAAACGAGAACAUAGGAAAUGUUUAAAUAUUUUCUGAUUCUGUUAUAUGUGUACAUUUUUUGAAUGCUUUUCUCUAUUACACCCAUGUUUCGAUGGGAAUUUGUGGUUGAGCAGCAUUUACUUUUGGUGGUGUAUUUUUAUGGUCACUUAAAUAAAUUUGAUCAGGACUUGAAGACUUUUGUGUAAAUGGAGUUAAAAUGUUUAGGAUGUGGAAGAACAUGUAUGUGUUGUAUUUUUCUGUUUUUGUAUUAAAUAUUUUUACAACAUGUUAUUACAAGUUGAUCACAAUCUUAGUUGCUGCUCUUACCUUUGAAAUCUUUGAUUGAUGAUAAAAUAGCAUCUGGUAAUUUGGUUCCUGCACUGUUCAUAGGUAUUUGAUGAUAAAUCUCUUUUAUGUGUAAAGUUACUAAAUAAAUAGGUUCAUUUUCUACCUGCUUGAUUAAAUGAUUUUUAGUAGGUAAAAUAAAGGUUCAUUUUCUGCCUGCUGAAUAUAAAGUUUUUUAGUAGGUAAAAGGGUGGAAUUUCUUAGGGUAUGCUAAUAUUGUAGUAUAUAUCCUCAGGAAUUAUAUAUAGUCCUGAAACAUCCAAGGAAAGAAAUCCCUGUUACAGAUACAAUAAGUCUCUCUUAUAUCUUCUAAUCCAUGCAAGUCGGUUAAUAAACUUUCUCUUCCCAGAUUUACUAAGAAGACAAUGUUGAUUUUCUGAAAGUGUGCCCUAAUGCACAGUAUUAUCAUUAGACUGGGAGGGGGAAUUCCACAACAUCAACACCCUCAAGAUCAAGCUUUUUUGCCAAAACAGUUUGUAGACUCAGAGGAAAAAAAAAUAAGUAAAAUUUAUGAACUCCCAGGAUAAAGUAAAUUUCAGGGGAGUAUUAUAUUUGAUGUUAACAAAAUAUAUUUGUCUCAUAACAUCAUUUCCCCUCUGAUAAUCACAAACUGCCAACAAUUCUUUUCAUAAUACAUGCACAUAUAUAUUUAUGUUAAACAGAACAUCCUUCUUUGAUAUUUGAUGUGAUGUAAAACAAUAUCAUAUUCUUUUUUUCCCUAUAUUUAUUCAGACUCUGAUGGGAAAUGUCAUUCACUAGGGUUGGAUUGAUAUCAUUGUUGCUGUGGAUGACACAUUUUUAUCUGUAUAUUUAUAAUACAUGGUCAGCAUGUUACAUCGCUCAGCCAAUUAAAAUCUCUGAAGUCUAUAGAAGGUAGGAUAAAUUAGUUAUAUUGAAAAGGUAUAGUUUAUAUCAUAAACACUCUAUUAUAUACUUAAAACGGAUGUUUUUCUGUUUGGGUUUGAUGGAGCCUGUGCAACCAUGACUGAUAUCGAUAUAUUCACAGAUGGCUGAUACAGAAAGAUUGCCACUGAUUGUAUUGCAAAUAAAAUUUACUUGUAUUUACUACUUAGUAUAUAAUAGAUUACGUCAUCACUUGUCAAAUGAAAAAAAUAUAAAACGGUACUUUUUUAUUACCUCAAAUAGAUUCUUGUCAUUUCAUUAUUUGCGAUCUCCCCAUUUAUGUUGAAAGCAUUUAUUUCCUGCAUGGUUUCCUGUUGUUUCGAUCAUUUUUAUGUCUAUAUUUAAAAUUUUAGGAACAUGGCCUAAAUAACUACUUUUAUAGUUGAUGUAUAAUAUUCUUGAUAGUAGGACAUGUUGCGAUUGCAAAGAUAUGUCACAAUUGAAAAGUAAAUGUAUAUCGACAUAAGUUAUUUUUUUUUAUAUAAUGCAAGGAGUAUAUUCUUCUGGGUAUGAUGCCUAGGUUUCAUGCAACAGAUGCCAAAAUUAUGACAAAAAUCUCAAAAAUAUAUAUUUAUUAUUUGUUAUACAGGUAUGUAGCAAAGAGGCUUUUAAACUUGCUAAACCUACUUUCUUACAAAACUGAGAAUUCAGUGUCACAAUCACAAUUUUUUUUCUUUUUGAAGUGGGCUACAUAAAAAUGACUGAUUUUAUGUUUAUGUUUACAUUCCUGAUGACUCUUGUCAAUUACUCUUUUAUAGAGUAAAUUUUCAAGAUCAAUUUCACAAAAAUAAACUUAAGAGAAAAAAUACUCUUAUCAUGAACAUUUCUGUAUGAGUUACGAUAAAUUUUUGAAAGAGCCCCUGUACAGAAAAUGAGAUAAUAAGAUAUUUUGUGGCUUUUUCUUUAAAAUUUUCUUGGUGGUGGAGUACACACAUUUAAACAUUCUUAUCUUAUGAAUUAUAUUGAAAACUUUCUCUCUUGUCUGGAAUCUGAAGAUUAUAGGUGUAACGCUCCUUUUUGCUGAGGUAAAUUCAUAUGGAGCUGCCAUAAGGGAAUUAUUUAUUUCGUUCCAAAUUUUCUAGAGAAUUAGUUUGGACCAAAAAGUAUAUGUUAAUUAGCUUACCCUUGUCUGAUUGGACAAGUAAAUUUUGUUGUAUUGCACUUAACUUUUUGUUAUAUUUUUUCAUUAUGACCUGUAUUUUAUAGAAUUUGAUUUAUUGUUGAAAGAAAUGAACUUAGAGUAGUGGAAAUCAUGUAAAAAUCAAAUUUCAAACAGAAGGAAUAGUUUUUCUAAUUUCUAGUUUUAUAACGACUAGAUUAUAAACAAAGAUGUAUACAAUACAUGUAUAGAAUUUUUAAAUGGCAAGCAUUUAUAUAUGCCAUAUAACAUUUGUAUAACCAGCUUUUCUUUUGUGUUGAGCUACAUGUACCAUAACAAAUUGAUUAAGUCAAAUUCAUUUUUUUCAGAAUAUAAUGCAUUCUGGGUAAAAUUUUCAAAAGCAUUCACCAAAUUGUUGUGAUUGGUUAAAAAGUAUUAAAUUUAAAUAUCCAACCAAUGGGAUAUCAUUAAUUUCAAUUUAGUGUAUAAACUGUGGAAUUACCCAUAAUCCAUUAGAUUCUAAAACGCAAAAUUACAAAUUUAUAUAUAAUUGAACAUGAGUAAACUUCUGCUGCCGCUUAUUUAUAUAUCUUUAAUACAUUGUUUCAUCUGCACUUGCCAUGAGCUGAAUUUGGUAUAGCAGACGACAUAGGGAUACCUGAUUUUGAGUAAUAUGGUUCUUUUUAUAAGAUAAUUUUUCAAGAGUUGUAUGUUUAAUGAUCUAAUGCAGACUGUUAGUUGUUUUGUGUAAAUUCUAUGAAACUGUAUGUAAUUGUUGUUUACUUAUUGAGGAUUAAAACUAAAACAGAAAA